AUGUCAACAGAAGCUGCAGAUAUGGAUGAAAUCCCACCGCUACCCCAGGAUCUCUCGGACAAGCUCGACGUACUUGUGGAGGUUGUCGAACUGCUCGGUCUGGACAGCAUAGAUUUUGCAAGCUAUUCACCCGUUUUGAGCCGACUUGUGGACCAGUCGAUUUCCUUGUCCUUGACGCAAGAACGCUUGAGAGCGACAGAGCAGGAACUUCGUGAACAUUUAGGCUACUUGAGGCACCACAACGGACUUCUCGAGCACUGGAGAAAAACCCUUCAAGAGCCUGGAUCGUCAACUUCAGAAGAGAGUUCAGAAGACUUGGAGCGCCGUCGAGAAAGUUUACUUCGAAGUGCAAGAGAAUAUCAUAAAGAAUUGGAGGCUCUUAUCGCUCAAUCCCAUCCUCCCAAAGUCACCAUUACCGCUCUUCUACAACAACAAGAAAAGAAUCGGAAACUUGCCCGUGAUAUCAAGGACAAGAAAGCGAAGAUUAGGACUUUUCAAGGUCUUCCUCCGCUGGGGUUGCUUGAGGAGUCCGAGAUCGAGCGGAAGUCCAUGUCACCGAUCCCAGUUGCGUGCGAACUCACCGACCCCGCCGUCUCUGCCCUUCAUCCUUCCCGUCGAUGUUAUCCCCUAGCCGCGAUGUCCGCCGCGUUUCAGACCCGUAUCGACCAAGAACUCGAACCUCUUUUCGCUCCCCGCCAGACUUCACGCUAUUCUCGCAACGCCCAGUUAUUCUCCCUUUUCUUUCUAGUUCUCGUUUAUGCAGCACUGUUCUCGACGUUUAUCAUUGACACUACUCGCCUUCUCUCUAUCAUCUCGCUGCCUUCUCUCAUCCAAACAAACGUCUCAACUCCCUCUCCCGCCCGUACCAACUCGACGCGUGCCCUUGGCGUGGCCAAUAAGAUUUAUGUCAUCUCUCUCCCCUCCAGAAAGGAUCGCCGAGCAGACAUGGAGGUCCUGCGGAAUAAAUUGGGUCUUGAUUGGACAUACAUCAAGGCGACGGCAUCCAACGAACCGAUUGUCUCCUCCAUCCUCGACUGGGUUCGAAUUGUGCGUGAAGGCCCGCCUACUGUUGUGACUUCGGAAGACGAGGUCACUGAGUCGACCCCUGGGGACAUGCAGCAGAGAAUCGCCUUCCGCUGGCCGUCCGACAUCGAUGCUCUCGCCCGAUCCUCCCUUCCACUCGAUCUCUGGGAUAGUGGGGUUUGGCCUGAACCUUCCAACCAUGCCGCCAGGCCCGCUUUGGACAGACCCGAUGUACCGCUCCCCUGCGCUACCAAGAUUUUCUCUUUUCCAUCUGCGGCUCGUUUGAAUGGAUCCUGGGACAUCAACCAUCUACCAGAACAUAUGGUUUUAACGCCUAGCAGAAUCGCCUGCUGGCACUCACAUACGAAGCUUAUCCACUCGAUCGCCAAUGGAAAAUCGUCUGCGAGCGAGGUAUCCAUAGUCUUAGAGGAUGAUGUCGACAUGGAGCAAGAUAUUCAAGAACAAUUACUACACCUUUGGAAGUUCCUCCCGCCCGACUGGGACAUUGUCUUCUUAGGACAUUGCUGGUCAAACGAGAAACUCCAUCCCGCCAUCUCGAUUCCCACUGGCUACAAAAAGUCGAUUCUACGUCUACUCUCCCGGUCGAGGUCACUGUUCUGGUCGUCACUCCAUCCGUCCAACGGCCCGAAGUGCACGCACGCUUACGCAUUGUCUUAUCGGGGUGCCCGCCGUCUUUUACUCCAUCUUCGCUACCCACCGUUUGCGUACUCAAGGGCGAUUGACCAAGCCAUCUCUUGGCUGAUAACCUCGGGACGGCUCAAGUCGUAUUCCGUUGUUCCCAGUCUCGUGGUUCAGCGCAAAAUUCAAACCAGUGACAUCGGGUCUGGGACAGGGAGUAAAUGGAGGGAUGUAUUGACCCAUGGAUUCUUCGAUGACGAGACUCAAUAG